AUCGCAUCUGGACAUUUUUAGCAUCGAAUGGAUGGUCAUCUGGUCGGCGGUCAUUUGGUUGACUUCUCAACACCUUCAUUAAUCUAAGCAGCAGGAAGUCACCAUGCUAACCACGAUCACCGAAGGAAUUCUUUGCUGCCUAACCGGGAAGGCUGCCCGUCUAGUUUUACCCUUGGAAUCGACAGAGCCCUCAGACGGAUUCGAGUUCGUGGAGGUGAAACCUGGACGGGUGCUGCGAGUGCGCCACAUCGUCCCUGAGCGUCAUUCUGUUGUCAAUGACCAGAACACUACUGAUGGUGAUGAACCUAAAAAUGACAGCAGUGGCGUCCACUGCAAGAGGAAGAUCACAGUGUAUCGUAACGGCCAGCUGGUGAUCGAGAAUCUCGGUGACGUUUUGCACUCUGAGAUCCUUCAGUGUCAGGAUGGCGAUCUGGAACCGUGCAGCACUGUAGAGGUGGAGCUAGCAGACUACAAAGAAUUAGCAUCUUCUCCGGACCCCAACCCGGUUCCCCCGUCUGUUCCUCCACCUUCUGGUGAGCAAAAACCCGCUCCCCCUCCUCGCCGCCGACGCCGGAAGCCCAAACGCACCGUGUUGAUCGACUCUAAUCGUGUGAUCUCGAGCUGCAAGGGGACACACUCAGACGUAGCACUGUUCUUUGUGCACGGUGUCGGUGGCUCGUUGGACAUAUGGAAUAGCCAGCUGGACUUCUUCUCUCGACUGGGCUAUGAGGUCAUAGCACCGGACUUGGCAGGUCACGGAGCAAGCACGGCGCCACAGAUUGCUGCGGCGUACACUUUUUACGCCCUUGCAGAGGACAUGCGUGCCAUUUUCAAGAGAUACGCUCGGAAACGCAACAUUCUCAUUGGCCACUCUUAUGGAGUGUCAUUUUGCACAUUCCUGGCCCACGAAUACCCUGACCUUGUCCACAAAGUGGUCAUGAUCAACGGAGGAGGUCCCACAGCAUUGGAGCCCAGCCUUUGUUCCAUCUUCCAACUCCCAUCGUGUGUCCUCCACUGUCUGUCUCCUUGUCUGGCAUGGAGUUUCCUCAAAGCUGGAUUUGCCCAUCAGGGUGCCAAAGAAAAGCAGCUGUUGAAGCAGGGCAAUGCCUUCAAUGUGUCUCCAUUCGUGCUGCGUGCUAUGAUGAGUGGCCAGUACUGGCCUGAGGGUGAUGAGGUCUACCAUGCUGAGCUCACAGUGCCCAUUCUAUUGGUUCAUGGCAUGUGCGACAAAUUUGUGCCCAUGGAUGAGGACCAGCGCAUGGCUGAGAUCCUCUUAUUUGCCUUCCUAAAAGUCAUCGAGGAAGGAAGUCACAUGGUGAUGAUGGAGUGUCCUGACACUGUCAACACACUCCUUCAUGAGUUCUUUCUAUGGGAGCCCGACACAUCGCGAAAAGAGCGCGUCAAGACAGACACCGAUAAGCCCGUGACAUUCACUGACACUCUCCACACACUCAGAAUCAACAAGUCCAUGGACAAAUAACCAAUGAAGAAUUGGGCUUCUUGUCACAGAAUUAAGUGGACGGCCUUUUCGUGGCUGUUGUCAAAUGUUCUUCAGGCUGCUUCCGGGCUGAGAGCUGUUACAUAAAAGGCCACAUCUCCAGGAUGAGGGCGGCCGUUGGUGCUCUAAGAUAAAGCUGGAAUUGUGGCACACUGCCAACCAGAGAACAAUAGAUGGACAAAAAAGAUGAGAGGAACUGAUGCAAACACAAAGUUGAUGUUUCUUACUAUUUUUUGUGCACACAAGUGGAGGUUAAAAGCACUGGUAAAAGUCAUGACAGGUGUGUUGUGUUUCUUGAAAACAGCUUGCCUGCGUCUUUUAUAUUGUGUGAAAUGCAAAGAUUAUACUCUGGUUUAUGCGUGAAAGUAUGUCCAGUGGGAAAUUUUGGAUGGUUAUUAUGCAAUGUUUACCAAAACAUAUAUAACUCAUGUGCUACGCAGUCUAAACCGUUUUUAAAUCCAAGAUUCACAGAGCUGUUGCAGAAUAAAUUGGUUUUACAUAUCGCCUGUGGAAUCCUGCAACUCCAGGAAAGAAAUAAGUGCUUACAUAUUUUUCCAAAAGUUUGUCGUACUUGUCAGUUUAACCCUCUUACAACUUGUAACUCAUUGGCUGCCAUUAACAGUGAUAGAUGUCCCAUCCAUUUGAACUGGGAGGGAAUGAUUAUUUAAUAAUAUAAUAAUGUACCUAUUGUUAUUCAUUGCCAACCUCUCCCAGCUCAAAUAGCUGGAACAUCUAUCACCAUCAGUGGUGUUUAAAUGUGAUAAUUCAGUCCUACUAGAAAGAGAUUAAAUGUUGAGAAAACUAUUUGAGAAAUGAUAGUUUAGCAAAGAUUCCACACUUGGCAACAUCUAUUUAACAUUAUGGUUGCAUGAAUAAUUAGAAGGGGUUUAAAACACUUGCUGUAUGUACAUAAAUCAAUAUGAACAAAUUAAUUUCAGUAUUUUGUAAUACCGAUAUUUAAAGGCUCUAAAAGAAAGUAUUGAGGCCCUGCAUGUGUCCACAACCCAAAAGCUGAAUAGUAAUCUUAACCCAUUCAGUUCACUUAUAGCUAUACGUCGUUGCCAUGAGAAACGAGUAACCCAACUUCAAAGAGGUAUAUUCUUUAUCCUCUGCGAAGAAUGGCUAUUUUAUUACUGCCAUUUAUUUAUCCAGUCAAAAUCAAUUGGACUGCCGGCAAUGGCAGUUAAUGGGUUAACCUGGCAUCUCAAGACACCACUGUCCUUUUAUCCUGAAAUAUCACAACAACUUGGACCUCUUGCAUCUUUUCGCCUCGCGUAAACUCACCAGUCCACCCGGUCAGUGGGAAGAAGAAAGGAUGAUCUCAGCGUUUCGCUCACUCAAAGACAUUCAUUCAUGGGUGUUGCCUUGUCUCAUAGUGGGACAGUAAUCUCAGCUGACUGUGGCUUAUUACAGAAGGUGUAAAAUAAUAAACGUUGGUUUUGAAACUGGUUGUACAGUGCUUCAAAUCAGACAUGAGUCAAACAAACAAUUCUGGACUCACACAAUGCUGCUCUGUUAUACAGUACAGUAUAUGCAUUUUGACAACAUAGUUUAUGCAACUUGAAUUAAGUGGAACUGAGAGGAACUAAAUUUAAUAUAUAUAUAUACAAGCCCCCCCUUCCCCAAAUUUUUGAAAUGCUACUGAUGUAACGUUCUGUGCUACAUGUCUAUUUUGAUGUUGAAGGUCAGUAAACUGUAUGGACUACAGGGUGCAAAUGUAUUUCAUCCUCUAAAAGUGUGCAUAAAUGUCAAGUGAUUGUGCUAUAUCUUCUUGUGAUUAACAAAAUGUGCUAAUGUUAUACUUGCAUUUAUUCAUUGAAAUCAUAAGAUAUGCACUGCUUGAAUGUGGAUGCAUAUAUCAUUAUAUAGCCAAUCGACACCAUGAGAGUCACUGUAUGAAUGUGCCUUUUCUGGCAUAAAAUAAAAAAUGUUCACAAUCGUGGGAUGGUUUCA